AUGGGCGAAAUGGCCAACAGAACCGAACUCGCAAAGCGCAAGAGACCGAGAACUCAGUCCUGCCCGCCGCCAGAGCUGCCGCAGCUCGUCGCAGAGCAGCAUGUCCCCGUCUCCGCGCAGGACAGGGACACCAAGCGGCUCAUCGUCGUCCUCUCCAACGCCAGCCUCGAGACCUACCGAUCCUCCCACGGCGCCGGACGGGCUGCCAACGGUCGAGAGGAGAAGUAUUCUCUCCUCAACUCGGACGAGCACAUCGGUAUCAUGCGCAAGCUGAACCGUGACAUCAGCGAGGCCAGGCCGGACAUCACUCAUCAGGCCGGGAAGCUGCAGAUAUACAUCCACACGGCCAAGGGGGUGCUCAUCGAGGUCUCGCCCACCGUCCGCAUCCCCCGCACCUUCAAGCGGUUUGCCGGCCUGAUGGUCCAGCUGCUCCAUCGUCUCUCCAUCCGGUCCACCAACUCGGAGGAGAAGCUGCUCAAGGUCAUCAAGAACCCCAUCACCGACCAUCUGCCCCCCAACUGCCGCAAAGUCACCCUCAGUUUCGACGCCCCCAUCGUCCGUGUCAACGACUAUGUCCGGACCCUGGGGCCCAAGGAGAGCAUCUGUGUCUUCGUUGGUGCCAUGGCCAAGGGCAGAGACGACUUUGCCGACGCGUUCAAGGACGACACCAUCUCCAUCAGCAACUUCAGUCUCAGUGCCAGUGUUGCCUGCAGCAAGUUCUGCCACGCUGCUGAGGAUGCGUGGAAUAUCGUCUAG